UGGUCCUUAUCCUCUACCUCCUGCUUCCUGCUGGCGUUGUCGUCGAAAUCCAGGCGCGACUUCCUCACAACCCAAACCUUCUCAAAGAGAUCUCGAGAUAUUCAUUGGAUAUUGGGGUUUCGAGGUCACGAUACACAGCUACGGGACCGCCUUUUGUUUGCCUUUCUAUCAAUAACCCUUAAUUACAGACCUAUCCCAUCCAUCAAUCCACCCACUCACCACCGUCCUGGCCAGGAGUGAAAAGUUCAGAAAUCAAGAAAUCGUUAUCCUUUCCCUAUCAACCUCUCCCACCCCCAUCCACGGCAUCCGCACUUUGGGCAAACACCAUAUUCAACUUUAACCGUUUUCUUUUCUUUAAUACUGGUGCGUUCGGUUUCCCUUCUCACGUUGUCCAAGAAACCGGAGUCGCCCUAAAUUGGAUUUCCGCCUCUAACAUCAAGAAGAGGAGGAGGAGGAGGAUGUAUUCCAUCCCAAACGAUACUACAACUACUGCUCCUAACGAGCUGCCUAUUCCUGAAGAGGCUACUUUGCCCGCAAUCACAAUUACCCCCACAAAACGUGGGAGGCUAUUCCCCUUCGGCCCCGGGAGUGACUUCAGCCCAAAGCGUCGCAAGAUAGAUGGGCUUGACGCCGAGACCUUAGCCACUGACCAGGGUGAGUGCGAGACUGCCUCUAGUGAAGUUGCUACUCUCCCGUUGAAUUCUUCCUACUUUGACAAGCGGAAGAACGGUGCGACGGCAACUACUCCUCCACCAUCUGCGCUCUUGGUCACCUCCUCGCCCAUCACGCAGCCUACACAGCUGCUGGAUCCCAACAGGACUCCCAAGGCAGCUCCUCCUGUUAUUCAAGUUGCGGCAUCGUCGUCGCCCUUUCGGGAGGAGCUUAUUUCGCCAGUUAGGGCGAAGUUGUUCACCAAGGCGGAACCAACUACUGCCGCUCUUCGACCAGAUGGCUCAGUUAGACCUUUCGACUUUUACCCUUCAAAGCCCAACGGAGCAAGGAAUGUUGAUUUGACCGAUAAUGGACUUCACUAUGUUGGUGGAUCCUCAGAUGAGGGAUCAGACCAUGAUAUAAAGCCAACAUUUGUGGGGAGUGCACUGGCCAACAAAGCUAUACCUUCUGUCGGUGCCAUGCGUGGCCGCCGAGAUAACGCUAAAGCAUCCGAAGGGCCUACGCCUACUAGAGUUGAGGAGUCUCCCGUUACAAUACGCAAUCUUCAAAGGUUCGCUUACAACCCGUUGGCUAAGCCUCAAAGCGUGCAUAUCCCUUUUCAGGGCCGACUUGACUCUGUUAGGAGGCCAACGACGAAAUAUUCCUCUGGAACCGCUACCAUUGCAGGCUCGCGCCCCCGCAACCAAACAAAUGGUUAUUCAGGGAUUGACAUCAAAGUUUCCGAGAUCGAGAACAAGGAGUACCAAAACCAUGUUAGGCGCAUGACAAUCGUGCUUCCUUUAAAACCCAUUCGAGUGCUUUUAAACGCCCUUAUAGAGAAGAAGGGAAAUUAUGAUGAUGCAAUGGCUAUGCUCAUCGAGGACGAUGAGGAUACCAUUGAUCUUACCGGAUCCGGUGAUGAAAAAUCUGCUGGCAAGGUCACUCAAAUGAAGACAUCAAAUCGUGCUGCCGCUGCCCCGAGAGGGACCAUUAGAGACAAGUGGUCGUCCACACAGGCACAGGCCGAGGUGGUCGCCUUACCGGAACCUGCGCCUAAACCGAGAAGACGGCUCGUUAAGGGCUCUUCGAGAGAGGUAUCAUCCUCACCGCCCGCGCCUGCCCACUAUGAUGACGACACCGACUCGGCCGCACAAUCCGAUGACAACUCGGACGAGGAACGAGCUCUCGAGGACAAGGUUUUAAAGUACGUUAAUACAUGUACCUUAAAAGAGCUUUCCGACAUAUCGUGUACCGCUGCGGAAACUGUCAAGGUUGUCAUCUCCCAACGACCUUUCCGCUCCCUCGACGAGGUCCGCGCUGUCACAAGUGAUGUCGCUCCAGUGAAAGGUAAAAAGUCUAGAGGAGCACGCACUCGCGCUAUUGGAGAUAAGAUCAUCGACAUUUGCUUGGAGACUUGGAGGGGGUAUGAUGCUGUGGACUCUCUCAUCGCGAAAGUUGAAGAACUUGGGAAGCCUGUCGCAGAGAGCAUCAAGAAAUGGGGUGUCGAUAUAUUCGGUGCCGCCGGAUCUAGUGGCGAGCUUGAGAUUCUAGAUGUCAACCCUGAUCCUGGAGCUGCGCCGUUGAAGGAUUCUGCCAUUGGCACACCCACUGAUUCCUUGGACGAUGGUGAUGAAAUAAAGGGCACCAGGAGAGAGAACCAAAUUGGCAACUUCUUCAAGCAGCAGCCCAAGAACAUGGCGGAAGGUGUCAUCCUUAAGGAUUACCAGGUUGUUGGUGUUAAUUGGUUGAACCUUUUGUAUGAGAAGAAACUCAGCUGUAUCCUAGCUGAUGAGAUGGGCCUUGGAAAGACUUGCCAGGUUAUCGCGUUUCUUGCGAGAUUGCUAGAGGGUGGAAUUAAAGGUCCCCAUUUAGUGGUUGUUCCUUCUUCCACUUUGGAGAAUUGGCUUCGCGAGUUCAAGAGAUUCUGUCCGGCAUUAGUUGUAGAACCUUACUACGGAUCCCUUAAGGAACGAGCCGAGAUGCGUAUUUCUCUAUGCAAGCGGAAAGAUUGGAAUGUCUUGGUUACCACAUACCAGCUAGCUACUGGCGAUAGGAUAGACAAGAGGUUCCUUAAGGAUCAGUCCUUUAAUGUUUGUGUCUACGACGAGGGGCAUCUCCUUAAAAAUAGUUCAUCUAAUCGUUACGACGCGCUCAUGAGACUGCCAGCUGUUUUCCGGCUAUUGCUAACUGGAACACCGCUUCAGAAUAACUUGCAAGAACUUGCCUCUCUUCUAGCAUUCAUCCUCCCGGAGGUUUUCAAUGAGAAGCGUGAAGAUCUAGCAAGUAUAUUCAAGUACAAGGCCAAAACCACAGACAACGAGGAGUCGAACAGCGCUCUAUUAUCUAUACAGAGGAUUAAGCGCGCCCGUGCGAUGAUGACACCAUUUGUGCUGCGAAGGAAGAAGCAACAGGUUCUCAAACACCUGCCAGGGAAGACGAGCCGCGUCGAAUACUGUGUCAUGAACAAAGCCCAAGAAGCCAUUUACAAAGAUUACCUCGACCUAGCAGCAGAAGCAAUCGCGGCACGGGCCGCCGGUCAAAAGGCCUCCAAAUCCAACGCCAACGUGAUGAUGCAGCUUCGUCAGGCCGCCAUCCACCCGCUGUUGUUUCGAAAGCACUAUACAGAUGCAAAGAUUCUCCAGAUGAGCCACGCAAUCCUCGGAGAGGACGAAUGGAUGGCGUCCGGCAAGGUUGAGGCGUUGUCAAAGUUACUUAUAGAGAUGCGCGAGAAGGGUGACCGGGUCUUGAUUUUCAGCCAGUUCACCCAAGUCCUUGAUCUAUUGGAACUUGUGAUGACGACUCAUGGAUUCGGAUUCCUUAGGAUUGACGGAUCGACGCCGGUUGAUAUGAGACAGGACAUGAUCGAUCAAUACCAUGAGGAGGAGGAUAUCAUGACAUUUUUGCUCAGCACCAAAGCCGGUGGAUUCGGCAUUAACCUUGCCUGUGCGAAUAAGGUUAUCAUAUUCGAUAGCAGUUUCAACCCGCAUGAUGAUGCGCAGGCUUCGGAUCGGGCGCAUCGUGUGGGUCAGACUAGAGAAGUUGAGGUUAUUAGACUGGUCACCAAAGGCACCAUCGAAGAGCAAAUCCUUGCGCUGGCGAAUACCAAACUCGCCCUCGACCAGUCCAUAUCUGAGGACGACAGCGCAAUUGAAGGAAAGGCUCAGGAGAUUGUUGCCAAGAUGUUGCUCAAGGCUGAAGAGGAAAGGGAGAAGGGGGUUGGGGAGGGUGAAGAAAAGGCUAGUGAUGGCAAGGAGAAGGGUGGCGAGGAGUAACCCGCCAUAGUCUGACUAAGCUCUUACGUUUCUCUCCUUCUCCCUUUUGGUGUUUCCUCACCUUUAUUGAUGGCUGCGAUUUUGUUUGAUUUAUUGCUUUUCGUUUCAUGUUCAUUUUGCUUCACAUUACUUGGACCUACCCCAUCAACCACCCCUCCCAUUAAGUCUACGCAUUAGAAAGGCAAGAACCGCCGCGGUCCAGACUCCUUUGCCUAGCUCCCUUUAUCUCUCGCCACCCUUUUGCUUCGCUUUCCUUUACUCUGCGAUUGCUGAGUAUGUACUUCACUUUCAUAGCUGCCUAUCUAGAGACUCUCUCUCUUUUUCUUUUUUUCAAUCAGGUCCCCAGAUUUGAGUUUUAGAUUUCUUUUUCUCCUACCUUUACUUCAACGAAAGGUGAAGCGAAUACACAAUGCGGUGGGUAAUCGAGAGAGGGGUGGAAUGUAUAACAGUCUGGUUCGUUGGUGUAUUUCGUUUACUUUCAAUUCCUGUUUACGCUUUUUUCAUUUUCGUUUGCACGUAUAGUAGAUUAGAAUAAAAAGGGGGGGAUCUUUUCUUUUCUUCUGCUUGUUGGUUUAGUGUGGUUUAGUUAGCUGUGUUGCUCCGUUGAGAAUGGGAUUAUAAGGGGUGCUUGAGGGGGAGGGGGAGAUGUAAGCUAUGAUAGAUUGGCCAAUUAGGGAAACGGCAAAGGUAGAGAGAGCGAGAGAGAGAAGGGGUGAUAUGAGAAUUUUUUUCGCUCUUAUCAAAUUAAAUU